ACUCAUAGGGAAGCUAAAGAGUCAAACUGUAGGUAAACAGAAAGCUUCUUUGAUGGAAAUUAAGUCUACGCGGUACACUGAGGCGUUUACGGUACAAACGGGUGUGUACGCUAACUUUAUUUAAUACACUGCGUUUGUGUUUGCCGGCCCGCUCUGAAAGUCUUCGGGUUUCAACUUGAGUGUGAAAAUACAUGCGGUGGGGGACAUUUAAGGUGGAGUAGGGGUGCUGAGGCUGGAGGGCUGGACGUGGCCGUCAUGGUGAACGAUGUUCCGGAAAGUCAAGAAGCGCCACAGCAGCAGCAGCUCGCAAAGCAGUGAGAUCAGCACCAAAAGCAAAUCUGUGGACUCCAGUUUGGGAGGGCUCUCCAGGUCCAGCACCGUCGCCAGCCUUGACACAGACUCCACCAAGAGCUCAGGUAACAGCACGUCUGAAACGUGCGCCGAGUUCCGGGUGAAGUAUGUGGGAGCCAUUGAGAAGUUGCAGUUUGACAUGAGCAAGACCCUCCAGGAGCCUCUGGACCUCAUCAACUACAUUGAUGCAGCUCAGCAAGAUGGAAAGCUGCCCUUCGUGCCUGGAGACGAAGAGAUGAUUCUGGGAGUGUCUAAGUACGGAGUCAAAGUGGCCUCACUGGACCAGUGUGAUGUGCUGCAUCGCCACCCUCUGUACCUGAUAGUGCGUAUGCUGUGUUACGAUGACGGCCUGGGUGCGGGGAAGAACCUCCUGGCUCUCAAAACCACCGAUGCAAAGCAAGAGGAGUGCAGCAUCUGGGUGUACCAGUGCAGCAGCUCGGAGCAGGCUCAGUCCAUCUGCAAGGUUCUGUCGGCCUCUUUUGACUGCGCUCUGACAUCAGACAAGUCCUGAGGCCAGAGGAGCGGGCGGGUGCUGAGAUCUGUCUAAAAGAGAAAAGAAACAACUGCAAAAACAGUGAAUCAGGAGAAAACCAUGGCUGCAUCGUGACUGCCAAAAAAUUGCAGUCAUUUCCCUUUUUUUUUCUCCUCCAAUUUAGUUGACAGAGAUUAACUGGAGGACAAAUCCUGCGUGUUUUCCAAGUUAGUUUGCAGGAAAACAUGAUUCAGGCCUUUGUAUUGAUGGUAUCACCAGUUGAGACAGAACUACUGUGAAUUUGUCUGAAUCAUUUCCUUGGAAUUUGUUUCCUUUACCUCACGUGUUCCUGUACCUGUCACGUAAAGUCAACGUGUCGAAAAAAAGGGAAAUGGUUGCAUUUUUUAAAAACUCAUUGGAAUACAGCGCACAGCUUUCAGCAAUGUCACGUAAAUGAAUCACUUUUCAUGUAAAUUGUGGUACACAGUGUUGUGUGUCUCUGCCCAGCUGCGUCAGGGUUCGGCGAUUCACAGGAGACAUUCAUCAGAGUAGAAACCUCGCAGUACGCAGAUCUGAGGACAUGCACGCAGUUUGAUUCUCUUCACGUGGAAACCACUCAGAUCCCUUUUUAAGUUUAAGUAUCCUCUCUGUGUGCAUUUUUUGUGUUUUUCUGAGACAAACAGUAUUGGUACAGUAGUGGUCACGUUUUGACUUGAAGGUACGUCAUACGAAAUGUUUUAACAGUGGCCCACAUCCUGUAUUUUGUCUUAACUUGUGUAAUUUACUCAUUUUUACUGACUUAUGAUUUUUUUUUUGUUUUAUAUUUCUUUAUGUUGCAGGUUUCUUGGUACUGAAAGCUUGAUGUGUUUUCUGAGUCUCAUUUUUAUGCAGGAGUUUUAAAUGUAUUAAAUCCAUCGUACUUGCUGAAACCACAUAAAUCCUAAUAGGCUGUCUGAAGAGUAUGAACGUGUUUACAGUCGUGGUACGAACUUGACUUCACCUUGUACAUUAGAAUAGGCCACUUCCUGUCCUCCUUUUCAGCGUGUGACAGAGAGGAAAUGAAAGAAUUUGAUCUGCUGCGAUAAAGAAGUGGAAGGCUUGUGUUUUUUGACCAUUUUACUGAUUAAAGGGUAAUUUCUU